AUGGCAAGCUGGGUCGCAUUAAACGUGGAGCCAGAUGAUGGCAUUGAAGAUGAGGUUGACGACACCAAGGAGCUUCAAAUUGAGGAGGCGCUGAAGCUGUACCAAACUGCCUUGAAGCUCCACUCACAAGGACCGGAAUUUUAUGCACAGGCAGCAAAAGCUUAUGACGCUCUACUCAAAUCGGAGAUCUUCAAAUACCCCGAAUCGCUCUCGGACUUCAAACGCGCAAUAGAAGCAGACUCGCAAACAACAGCAAUUCCUGAUGAAGGCCCCACCGAUACAGUCGCAGAAUUCAACGUUAAUGAUUCCACAUCGAGCCUUUUCCAAACCCUCUACCUAUCCUACAAGAACCAUGGCAAAUACCUCCUUGACUCGCUACACGAAACCAUUCGAACCACCCCAACAGGCUCCGAGACAGCACAGAAAACAGCGGAAGCGUCUAGAGAGGCAUUGGGAUCAUUUGCUAAUGCCCUGGAGAGGGACGACACGGACCUGAAUCUAUGGAGGCAAAGCGCAAGACUCGGCAGUGCCUUGGAAAGUUAUCGCUUAAAUCGAUUCUGCUUGGAGAGCGUUCUUGCGGACGAUGAUAACCGCCUUGAGAUACGGUCAGAGCAACUCGGCUUGGAGGAGAUCUUUUCUGAGGAGCGCCUAAGAGCCACCCUAACCUCCUUGUUUGACGGGCUAUCCGCAUCCCAAGUUCCCAUCAAAAAGCCGAAAAAGGCUUUGGUCAAAUACCUUAAGCAGCAUGAGGAUCCUUUUCCUUAUCUACCAAAUUUGCCAAAUGACCUGAGUAACCUGAGUUCAGCGAAAGGCCCACUGGCUCUGCCCACGUCUCGGCGAGAAAUAACUCCAUCACAUGCCACCUGGGAAUCAAUGGGCAAAGCAAUCCUUCAAGCCUUAUAUGAAGAGGAGGAAGCCCCGAUUGGCGAUUCUUCCAGUCGCUCACUUCUGAUAACGAUGCCCCCCAGAGAAUCCGAACUUCUGGAUAGUAUGUCCGUAAAAAUGGAAGACGGCGAAAACGACCCCCAGAGCAUAGAAGACGGAGCGGAAGACGAAGCCAAACCUGAAGCAAAAGAUGAAACCAAGGACGGAAAUGAGGAUGUUGACAUGAUUCAAGAAAAUGAGCGAGCAGAUAAAGCUGAGGAUCCCGUCAUUGCUGCCCCUGGCGAUCCAUCGGAGCCAGCAGAGGAACAAUCCUCCAUUGAUCAAAGCGCAGAGAAACAGCUCAUGGAAUCACUCGAGGGACACUAUACCCAGCCAGUUGAACAGAAGGCCGAGGAUGAGACGAACGCAGACGACACAGAGUCAAAAUCACCAACUGCCGCGCGUAAAAGAUCGUCCGCAUCCGCGGCAAAUGAAGAGCCCCCAGAGGGAGGCCGUAUGAAAAGCCGACGUACCAGGGCUCGUGAAUCAAACGCAGAUGCACUAGUACAACACGAAGAAGUUGCAUUCGAUCAAGAGAAAUAUUACGAAGACCGCUUAGAAAUCUUCGUCAAUGCUGAUGAAUGGAUGUUUAGCACUCUUGGCUCUCUGUUCUCCAAAGUCGAGAUGUUAGCUCUUGGAACGAUAGGAAACAUCAGGGAAAAGCUGGCCACUUUGAACGAAAGCAAUGACCCUCCAGAAGACACCGAGACGAGAUUAUUCCAUGAUUUACGUGGUCUUAUCAAACACUGGAAUGACGAAAAGUCGCGGCUAAUGCAACAAAAAGAAGAUGCCUCUUCCUUGAAGGGCAUUUCUGGAUCCAGCAAGUCAGAUCUUGCUGUUUUUCUUGAGCAUUCUAGAAAGACAACUCGCAAACAGGCCAUCCAAGAAGAACUACCGUCUGGAGAUAUAUUAUACGCUUUCUCGAGCUCUGCCAAUAGCCGCUUCAUGCACCCGCAUGAUAUAUCAUUCGAAUGGCUCAAAUGCCUACUUAUGCCGGAAUUCGGAGAUGAGCCCUCAAGCUUUGUCGCUAUGAAGUCUGCAUAUACCUCUUUCUUGUGGUCCAAAGAUCUAAAGAAGAUUACCAUGGAUCUUCUACUGCAUGAAGAUGAGUCUGUUUUUGCUAGGCUAUGUCAAGAUGUUGCAAACUUGGAGCGGCGUCUCCUUGAAUCAAGCCCCGACAGCCCAUUCCAGUAUGAAACGAAAGAUUUCUCUGACCUCGAGAUGAUCCAGUCCAUUUAUGAGCUGCACUUAGAUAUCUUUGCAUCUGUUGAAAAUCUAAGUAAUGAUGCAGGCCAACAUAAGCGAAUCUCGCAGCGCGAUCGAUUGGCCAGGUGGGCCAUGCUUGCCCGGACCUCCCUGGAGUGCUCAAUAGACCAUUGCCCGUCUGAAGAGUGCCGUCAGAACAUUUCGUUCCGCCACUUAUGGGCAUCGACAUUUCAUCUUAACCUUGCCGGGGAAGCUGACCGUGACCAUGUCCUAUUAUGCCUUCAGGACUUGAAACAAAUUCUCCAGCCCAUCAACGAUCCUCUAAUUUGCCUCGUGAAUAACUCUAUAAUGGCUGAAUUGUCGAUCGCCACUAUAGAUCAAGAGGCUCUCAAACUGAAAUGCAUGGAUUUCUUUACCAAAGUGUUCAAUUCAGAUGGCGAGGAUCCUGUUUCGCUUAUUGAGGCAAUCGAGCCGAUUAUUGAACCUUCUUCAAUUGAGCCAGAGAACUCAUCUGAGGAUGAGCCAGCCAAAUACUCCUCAAACGCCAGCGAAAUGGCAUCUUUUCUUGACCGUGGGGAUGCCACCUUGCGACUUUUCCUCUGGCGAAAGCUUCAAGAGGCGUACCAGAGCAUCGAUUAUCCGCCCAAAGUCGUCUCAUGCUACCUGCGCAGCAUUGAGACGGUCAUGACAGAGCUGGAAGACGUCAAACAUAUCCAAGAUGCAAGUGGAGCUCGCCAGAUGACUUUGUUAAGCUGUCUGAAAACAAUAGAUGGCAUCAUGGGCAAAGCCAUCCCGCUUGUUUUACAGCAGUUGGAGAAGGCCUAUGAAUGCUUGGAUAUGAACCAUUUGCAAUCGUCCAUGUCAGCAAUCGCUCGUUUAGCCCGACUUCUCCAUAGUUUUAUCCUGUACGAGGAUUCGGUCCGUGUGGGCCAAAUCUCUGGUCGCGAUCUUCGUGGAAGCCUAGCGAAAAGCCUAGAAAGUUGCAAGGAGAGAAUGCGGGAAACCUACGUGCGCUGCUGGAUUUUGCUUUACACUCUCUUCUUGGAAGCGAUCUCGCAAAAUAAGGAAGUUUUCAAUGAACCAUUGGAGGAUCGCAUUCACAUCCUUCGUUCCAUACACAAUGCGCUGGGGGUUCGAUCCCUGUGCAGAUAUUCCCAAAAGCGUUUCCUGAAGCUCCUCAAGUCUGAGCUGCUUGAUCUCGAAACCAAAGGUGAUUACGAAUAUGACAUCUGUCAAGUUCUUUUUGAUCUCCAUAGUAUCAAGUUUUCCCCUCUGGAUGGAACUGCUGAUCAUGGAUGCCCACCCGAGAAACUGGAUCGUCACACAGCCACGUUGAUGAUUGACUUCGUCAUGAGCCAGGCCCACAAAAUGAACAUGAAAGAUCUGUCAAAGUCUGAGCUGAAGACGACGAUUGAAAAAAUGCAAAGCGCAAUCGGCCCAGCAAGGCCGCCUUCUCAAUCCCCACAAAUGACAUUUAACCGUCGUGUAUUCAGCGCAUACAUCAAAGCUCCUAUGAAUCCAUCACAUCUUCUACGCGCAGUCCAAGGAGUGACGGAUCUUUCCAUGCUUCCAGUGCCUGGAGAAAACGCCAAGAUUGCUGCCAAAGGAUGGUACUUCCUCCUGGGCCAUGCUACUCUCACCAAGUUCCGAGCUCAGAAGCGUCUAAGUCCUGGGUCGACUUCAGAACUGGAUGACGCUAUCAAUUUCUUCAGACAAGACCUGGAUCACGGAACAGGACGGUGGGAAACGUGGUAUCGGCUAGCACAGGCGUAUGACACAAAACUGGAAGAAGAUAUUACGUGGACCGCAGAUAAGAUCAAUAAUAACCGCAGCGAACUCGCGGCAACACAGAGAUAUGCAAUUCAUUGCUACGCGAUGGCCGUUUCUGUGGCUAUUCGAACCGCGCCACCCACAACGGAAACACGAGCCUUGCUGUCAGAUCUCUAUACAGACUUCGGAAUUCGCCUGUAUUCUUCCUCCCGCGAUCCUCUCUCUAUGGGGGCCUUUAGCUUGGAAGAUUUCUCUCGACAUUUCAGCAGCGAAGAAAGUCAACAAAUGUACAAAGCGCAACCGUUUAAAGCGAUGUCUCGCUAUUCCGUUUGGAAUUUUGCUAGCAACCUUCUUAGGAGAGCAACUAUCGACAAGCCAAAGCAAUGGAUGACACAUUAUUUCCUUGGAAAGUGUCUCUGGAAGAUGUUCAAUUGCGAUGAUUCCUUGCGUACAACAUCUAAAGCCGUUGAGAUGCAAGAUGUCCUUGAUGCUUUCCACGAUGCUAUCGAGGCUCUUCCACAGCGAAGAGAUUCCCGUGCUGAUCCUAUCUUUGAGCCUCACUUCAAGCUUUUUUCUGUUGUUCAUCGACUGGUCCUUCGAGAGAAUUUGAGUCCAUCUGAUGGAAGCAAAACUCUUUCCGUAACCCCAUGGGCUCGCAAAGUCGAUCCACCCGAGACCAUGGAAGGUUGGAAGCCAUAUGCCCUUGAAAUUAUAAAGAAGUUCAAGCAUGCGGACAAAUCAAACUGGCAUCACCGGAUGAGCGCUAAGGCUGCACAUAUAAUUUACGAUGAUGACAAGAAUGCGACAACAGCUGCAGCUGCUAAACAUGAGAUGUCCCAGAUCUUCACGAAAACGCUUACAAUCCAAGUGUGGCGCCCUGAAUUUGAAAGACCUGGUAGGCACUUCGUCUACACAACACGUUACGUUUAUUUCUUUGUCGAUUUGCUAGACCAACUCGACGAUCGUGCUAGCUUGGACCAAUUGCUUCGUCGUGUGAGAAAGAAACAAGGCGAUUUCAUCAAUCAUGGCCAGCUGUGGGAGGAUAUCUGCCUGGCAUAUGCGAAAAUGAUCCGGCGAGCUGCAGAGAUCAAUGAGGGUCAUGAAGAAACCGUCUUCAAACCCAUCGGUUGGGAAGAGUUUUCCUCAAAGACGGCUCGUCUGGAAAGCUUAAGUACGUUGGCACCAGGAAGCCAAUCUCUUCUUGAACUCAUUCGCGAUGCUUUGGAGUUGAAGAAGCUCAACAAUAACUUUAUGAAAGUCACCAUGUUCGAAGAUCUUAUUGCAGACCUAUAUUCUCGGGUAUAUGAAUUGAACCUGCCUCUCCUCAUGGAGCAAGUGAACGACGAGAACAAGGAAAAGAUGAAGGUUGAUCAUCUUCUCAUGGCUGGUGACACCAAUACAGAACCAUCGACCCCCGCUGCCUCACUUCCAGCAUCAGACACUCCAGCUCCUCGUGGGAGAACCAAGGGCAUUGCUCGCCGCGAUAUCCAGAAGCGAGCGGAUACUAUUGUGAAUCUCAAAUUGGCGCCACGUACUGCAACUAACAAGUUCAGCUCGGGCGCAGAGAACGAACAAGGAACGCCAGCUCGACGUGGCUCCAAUGCUGCGGUGGCGUCAGGGCCUUGUUCUACCCCACAAGGGGCUAGCAAAGAAUAUUCUGCCACUAGUCACAAUCUUGACACGCAAAAUACAGAUCCCGCCGACGCUCGUGACAGUGGCGAUGAUAGUGAGCUGACUGACGUCGAUGAGUCAAUUCUUGAUAAAGAAUCUUCAGAACAAAAGUCGAAGGCUUUUUCGAACUUGCGCAAAGGAGAGUUGGCUGAGGGAGAAACUGAAGAUGAUGCUGGCAGCGGUGAUUAUGGGAACGAAGAAGAAAAUGAUGAUGGUAAUGAGGAAGAGGAAGGCGAAGACGAUGAAGGCGCCAAUGAAACUGAUGGCGAUGGCGAGGAGACCCAGGAUGCCGACGAUGCCGGCGAUGAAGAUGAGAUGCAAGAGGACGAAAGCAAAUUUGAUGAGCAAGAGGAUCAAGAUGAUGAAAAAGCAGAGGCAGAGAAAGAUGCCGAUGAUCCAGAAGCUAUGGAUACUAGCACUGCUUGA